AUGUCUGCGCCCGUAAAUACCGAAGAGGCAGAGACACCAACACCUGAAAUCAAACCCGAUAGAUUGAUUCAAAUCUCAAUCCAAGGCACCCCUAUUGAUCCUACCACCAAGGGGGCAGACACAUUCACUACUACUACCACUACUACGAACCAGUACUCCACCCACAAACUUCAACUUUCAUUCCUCCGUCUCCAAUUCACCCUCACCUCGAUAUUGGUCCUCAUCACCAAGUACGUUUGCUCGCCGCGGCUCCGAUCGACCAUCUGGCAGGCUGCAAGAGCUCAUCCGCUGAUUGCUUCGUUCCUGCUAUGUCAGAUCGUGUGCUCGGCCGUGCCAAUGGGGUUGUUUGCGUUGUUCGCAUCGGGGAUGUUUAUGGCUGUCGGGGUGGGGGUGGCCAUGUUUAUUUGUCUGGCUGCUAUGCUCCUCACGCCGAUUAUGAUAUUUAUAGCUUUUAUUGCCGGGGGGUUCUGGGCUUAUUGGAUGGUGAUUUUUCUUUCCGCGAAACGGGUGAUAAACACAGUUCGGGAUUGGAGAGGUGAUGUUUUUAUGAAUGGUGAAAUCGAGAUGUGA